UAUUAAAGAAAUUGGUAGAAAACAAGUUUCAAAGUUGAAAUUUAAAGUUUGGUGUAUGCGCAAACAUAACGAAAUUUAAGGUGAAAACCUAAAGGCUUUUAAAUUUUUUAUGUAAACAAAAGUAGAUUUACCUUUUUGGCUUGUAAACGGGUGUGUGCAUAUGUGUGAAAGAUGGCGUCUAUUUCAGGUGUUUGUGUGUUAUUUUUGUGUAUAUUUACCUUAAAAGUAAAUGGACAACGAACGCCAACAAUUUCGUAUAUUUCGCAAGAACAAAUUAAAGAUAUUGGAGGUACCGCCGAAUUAGAUUGUUCGGUUCAGUAUGCACAAGAGUAUCCAGUUUUGUGGGUUAAAUAUGAUCGUUUAAAAUCCCAAGAAUUAUUACCGAUUUCAACGGGUAGUGGUUUAAUUAUACGAGAUUCUCGAUUUGCGUUACGUUAUGAUACAGCCAGUUCUACGUAUACGUUGCAAAUUAAGGAUAUUCAAGAAACGGAUGCUGGAUUUUAUCUAUGCCAGAUUAUUAUUUCGACCACGAAUAAAAUAUCAGCUGAAGUGGAAUUACAAGUUCGUCGUGAACCAAUCAUUUCUGAUAAUUCAACCAGAUCGAUAGUUGUAUCAGAAGGACAACCCGUCGUAAUGGAAUGUUACGCUGGUGGUUUCCCACCACCAAGAAUUUCAUGGCGUCGUGAAAAUAAUGCAAUUUUACCAACUGGUGGAAGUAUCUAUCGUGGUCACAUUUUAAAAAUUACAGCAAUUCGUAAAGAAGAUCGUGGUACAUAUUAUUGUGUUGCUGAAAAUGGUGUCGGUAAAGGUGCAAGACGUAAUAUUGCUGUUGAAGUUGAAUUUGCUCCUGUGAUUACUGCACCUAGACCACGUUUAGGACAAGCUUUACAGUAUGAUAUGGAUUUGGAAUGUCAUAUUGUCGCGUAUCCUCCCCCAGCUAUUGUUUGGGUAAAAGACGAUGUUCAAUUAUCAAACAAUCAACAUUACAGAAUUUCCCAAUUCGCCACCGCUGACGAAUUUACUGAUACAACUUUACGUAUAAUCACGAUCGAAAAACGACAAUAUGGUAAAUACGUUUGCAAGGCAACAAAUCGUCUUGGAUCUAGUGAAACCACUGUUGAAUUAUUUGAGAGUGUUAUUCCUGUAUGCCCGCCGGCCUGUGGACAAGCACGUUAUGGAACUGCCACUCAAAUUAGUUGCAGUAUAGGAGUCAUCUUUUUAUCAGUAAUAUUUGCCUUCGUUAUCAAAAAUUACUACACCAAACAUUAAUUAUCCUGGCAUGUUACGUUGGGAUUACAUUUCAAGUAAUGCAAUGGCUACUUAUCUAAUUACGGAAAUUAGUUGGCACAAAAUUAUUCUAUUAAUUUUUUUCAAAUUAUUUAUAUGAACCUUUAAAAAAAAAAUGGUUUUAUUAGGAUGAAAUUGAAUUGCUCGUAGUCUAAUUUUUAUAUUUGUGACAUACCGUGCUGUUUCGAGUUCGCCAUUAAAUAAAAUUUUAAAAUACUUUCAGUUUUUGAAAACAAGUAUUUCAAGGCUUCUACACAUAAUAUUUAAAUUUUUUUCGAAGGAUUUCAAGAAUUUC